AUGGACUGGUUUGGUCACGCCAAGAUAAAAUUCACCAACCAUGUCUCGCCGCUGUCCCUGCGGUCCAAGGACGGCAGCCAGACUGAUCUCUUGAAGGUCUGCGAGAAGUCGACACCACCAUGUCAGCUCAAUCCGUUACUCUUCAACGGGCACCUGCAAACGAUGUGGACAGCCGUCGGCAAGGCUGCACCACACAUCUACUACAGGAGGCAGAUCUUCGAGUCAAACCAUGCCAACUACACCGGAACUUUCGCUGUGGAUUUCACAAUGCCGGCACAUCAAGACCAUGAUGACAAGCUGCCGCCGAGAACGGCAUAUUUCAAGGAUGGGCACUUCGAGGCCAUGGGCUCUGACGACAGCCGCCCUAUGCUGAUCGUCUUACACGGACUCUCUGGUGGAUCGUAUGAGAUCUACUUGCGUCACUGCAUCGCACCCCUAGUGCUGGACAACGGCGGCUGGGAUUCCUGCGUGGUGAACGCCAGAGGAUGUGCCAACUCGGAGGUCACGAGCGGAGUGUUGUUCAAUGCCCGGGCGACAUGGGACGUGAGACAAGUCGUGAGGUGGGCGAAGAAGACGUUUCCUAAUCGACCGCUCUUUGGCUUGGGCUUCUCGCUGGGUGCCAAUAUCAUGACCAACUUUGUAGGCGAAGAGGGCUCCGACUGCCUCCUGAGCGCGGCAGUCGUUGUCGGCAAUCCCUUCAAUCUAGAGGUGGCCAACGUCCAACUACAGAAUUCUCUACUUGGCAAGGAGGUGUACCAGAGGGUCAUGGGAGGAUCAUGUCGAGAGCUCGUACUCCGCCACAAGGACUCGAUAUCUAAGUUCACGAAGCUAGAUUUCGAAGCCAUCCAGAAGGUGACUUAUCUGUUCGAAUUUGACAGGGAGGUUCAAACCGUCUGCUGGGGUUACCCUACCGAGAACGCAUACUACCGCGAUGCGUCCUCAAGCGACUCUGUUUUGGCCAUUCGGAUUCCCUACCUUGCUAUUCAGGCUGCAGAUGACCCAAUUGCUGUCGAGGCUGCGGUUCCAUACGAGGAAUUCAAAGUCAACCCCUACACUGUUUGCUUGACAACUUCUCUAGGAGGUCAUUUAGCCUAUUUUGAGGCUGGUGGCGGGCGAUGGCACGCCAAACCGGUAGCGAACUUUCUCAGAAACAUGGCAAAUAUCGUCGACCUCAAAUCCAUCAACCACCAAGCAAAUGGUGACACCGUCCUAGAGCCCCAAUAUAACUCGAAGUUCGAUCCCAUACGGCGUAAGAUGCAAGUCGACAUUGCGGAAUAGAUCAUUGACCAAUAUGUUAGAGAUUUAAGCGCACAGGAGUCUUGGGUGCAUGGGCAAGUAAUUUGACGUUAGAUAAUACAACUAGAAAAAGCAAAAGACCGUAGACGACUCCUUAGACAGCAAGAUAGAGAGGGAGGGCACUGGAGUCUGGGUAUCUGAUUUGAUUAUAGGUAUACGACGAACGCAAACAUUUCUGUGCGG